UCCGGGCCGUUAUCGGAGAAGACCCAAAUGCAAACCCUAGCCCACCCAGAUUCCCUUAUGGAAGAAGAAGAGCGAUCCCUCCCCUUCUCCCCGAGCUAAAAAAAGCCCUUGUAAUGGCGCCAUCGGACCCCGGCUCGUAGCCCCAGGGAGAUGGCCAAUCUCACCGGCUGUCUCCGCACCCUAUCCCUCGCCGCCCUCCGCCGCCCUCGUAGAAACCCUGGCAACCCCCUCCUCCUCUGCCUCGCCACCGCUCUGUUCUCCACUCGCCUCCACCUCCCGCCGGAGCACCCCAAUUCCCCCGGCGACACCGAGCUCGACCUUAUUCCUGCCCUCGUAGCCCAGGGCCGGUGGGGCGACCCCCUCCUCGCCGCCCUCUUCUCCUCCGCCUUGGCCCCCAUCAAGGUCUCCAUCGUCCUUCGGGAGCUCAGAGAGGACCCCCGCUCGGCCUUCCGAUUCUUCGUCUGGGCCGGCAAUCAGACCGGCUUCCACCACACUGUCGAGACCUACUGCGUCGCUGCCCAUGUCCUCUUCAAUGGCCGGAUGUACUCCCAGGCUCAGCAGGUCCUCAAAGAGCUUGUUUUAUUGCCCCAGGCAUUGCCUGAUGCUGUGAGUGUCGUCGAUGUGCUGCAUGCCACUGCAAGGGACUUUGGCAAUCCCGGAUAUGGAGUGUUCGAUGCGCUUUUUGGGGUCUUGACGGAUCUGGGCUUACUCGAGAAGGCUAGUGAUUGCUUUUAUAGGAUGAGAACUUUCCGGGUUCUGCCCAAGAUGCGAUCUUGCAACAAUUUGCUGCAGCGGCUGGCAAAAUCGGGAAAUGGGGACCUGUCAAAAAGGUUUUUUGAUGAUAUACUGAGGUCGAAUAUGGCUCCAACUGUGUUUACGUUCAAUAUUAUGAUUGAUUUCUUCUGCAAGGAGGGGGAUUUGAAGGCAGCUAAAGGAUUGUUUUUAAGGAUGAAGGAGACGGGCUGUUUGCCGGAUGUGGUCACGUACAACUCCCUCAUUGAUGGGCAUGGGAAGCAUGGGGAGUUGGAAGAAGCAGAACGGCUUCUGGGAGAGAUGAAAGUUGCUGGUUGCAAGCCAGAUGUCAUCACUUAUAAUGCACUUAUAAACUGUUUUUGUAAGUUUGGAAACCUACCAAAGGCAUUUGGAUAUCUUAGUGAGAUGAAGAGGAAUGAUGUGAAGCCCAAUGUGGUCACAUUCAGCAUAUUCAUUGAUGCUUUCUGCAAAGAAGGUAUGAUGCAGGAGGCUGUCAAGUUUUUGGUGGACAUGAAGGUGAGAGGGUUCACACCUAAUGAGUUUACAUAUACUUCUCUGAUAGAUGGGAAUUGCAAGGCUGGGAAUCUCAAGGAAGCCUUGGUGCUGGUUGAUGAGAUGGUGCAGGAAGGAGUGGAGUUGAAUGUUGUGACUUACACUGCUUUGGUGGAUGGCCUAUGUAAGGCGGAAAAGGUUGUUGAAGCAGAGGAAGUUUUGCAAGAUAUGGAACGAGCUGGUGUAGCCGCCAACCAGUUGGUGUACACAGCCCUGAUUCAUGGGCAUUUUGCGAGUAAAAACAUGGAGAAGGCAGUGAGUCUUCUAACCGAAAUGAAGGGAAAGGGGAUUAAACCCGAUACGUCGCUGUAUGGUACUAUUAUUUGGGGUCUUUGUAAGGAUGGAAGGAUAGAUGAAGCCAAACAUCUGGUCAGUGAGAUGGAUGAAUGUGGCUUAAAGCCUAAUCAUGUCAUCUACACUACCAUAAUGGAUGCUUGUUUUAAAGCAGGAAAAUCCUCAGAGGCUCUUGGUCUUCUUCACAAGAUGCUAGAUCGCGGCAUGCUUCCUUCCAUUGUUACCUACUGUGCAUUAGUUGAUGGACUAUGUAAACAAGGAUCAAUUCGUGAAGCAACCUACCAUUUUGACAAAAUGAGAGACUUGGGUUUGCAGCCUAAUGUGUUGGCUUACACAGCCCUCAUUGAUGGUCUAUGUAAAAAUGGUUGUUUAGGAGAAGCCAAAAAACUCUUUAAAGAAAUGGCAGGAAAUGGGAUGGCUCCAGACAAAGUUGCAUACACAUCUCUGAUAGAUGGACAUUUGAAGCAGGGAAAUCUUCAGGAGGCCUUUGCUCUGAAGGACAAAAUGACAGAGAAUGGUCUAAGGCUAGAUCUGCAUGGUUACACCUCUUUUAUAUGGGGCUUCUGCAAUCAUGAUCAGAUGCAAGAAGCAAGGAGUAUGAUGGCAGAGAUGAUCAGUAAUGGUGUUCACCCUGACAUAGCUGUUUAUAAUUGUCUUAUAAGCAAGUAUCAAAAGUUAGGAAAUAUGGACGAAGUCUUGAAUUUACAAAAUGAUAUGAGCAGGAGGGGUGUAAUCCCUCGCCCAAAAGAUGAUGCUGUCGCAAGUGACCACUGCUGACAGGUCAUAUUUGAAUUGAAUAUACAGGACUAAUUUGUUGGUAUCACACCAUAAGAUAUAUCUUUGGUUGUUAUGACUCCAUGGUAUUUUGAUUCAUGGGAUCUAAGCUAUAAGGAAGUCACCAAGAUUAUUUUGGUGAUUUUGAUUUAUGGAGAAAUUACUUUUGACACCAGAUUACUCUCUGGAUUACUUUCUUUUCUGGUCUCCAAGCCAUCAGUUGAUUGUUGGGAUGGACAUGCAUGCUGCAUAGCGAUGGUGAUCUCCACUCAAGAUACGCAAACCGGUUAAAGCCUCUUCCAUGAUUGAGGCUUCAUUGACCUACAAUUAGUAAGUUGGUAAACUCUCUUAUCUGGAGAGUGGAGGACAGUGGAGCCAGGAGUCAAUAGCAGCAAUAUGUUGAAUUGGCACUAAGCUACAUUGAGCACAAUAUGUAGAGUGCACUCUGCAUAUAAUCAUCAAAAAUUUAGUAAUUUUGCACCAAGAAGAGUAACUUCUGGAUUUUAUGCUAUGUCAGUUCUAUUUUUGACAUGCUGUUUCAAGAUCAGCUUUUUUCUUAGAGAAAAAUGAAGUGAAACUCAACCAUUUUGUUGGCAGUGGUCUACUUGAUACUGAAGUCCUGCAGUUUGGUGGGAUCCAAGGCCAACUUUCUUGGAACUGUUUUCACCAGUGAGCAUAUGUUGAACCCUGUCAGGGGGUUCCAACAUCUUUGGCAUUUUCAGACUCUCAUACUGUAGUUAGUUGCUCUGCAGCAGAUGCUUUUGCUCAGGGUGGGCAUGAUCCUAUCUGAUGCCUGGUGUGGUUUCCAAGCAUGACUAAAGAUUGCAUGAUAAAGGACAUUACCUGGAUCUCUGGAUCAAGGCUGGAGCUGGCCCAUUGAGUUGUGCAUGUGAUGGUUUGCACUAAUCAGCCUGAACCAUUUAAAAGUUUCUGUGGAUGGAAGUCCUAGUGGCGUUGAAGUUGGUCUCAGCUUUAACAGCAAGCUAACAGAUGCUGUCCUGGCAACUUUAGCCAGCUCCGGUCGAACUUGUUUAGUAUGUCAAGACCCUUUAACUGUUUAUCUCUUACCUACUGAACAUUUUCCGGGUAGAGACUAUUGGAGCGUGUAUUGGCACUUUUUUGGCACCUUCGCUGGCACUGGGAACCCUCACCAUUAUAUGAAGUGUUAUUAAAGAGAGCCGAGUGGAGCUACUUGUUCAGACAGAAAGAAGAGAUGGUUACACCAAUAAUUUUAUUUUAAGAUAACUGAGUACGCACCGGGCCUCUGGUAUACUGGCCGUUAAUCCUUGAGCUUCAGAGGAAUAAGCUUACAUUUUGUAUUCUAUUCAAUCUUGUACAAUUCUGAUAUAAACAUUAGUAGUUUCAUGAAGUUAAACAGAAGGUGAAUAACAGCAUUAUCGAACAUUCAAAAUUUUAAUCAAUGAAGCAUCUUUUGCAAA